UUCUAUCCAAUUUUAAAUAAUUUCAAAAAUGAGUUGGGGUGGACCCAAAACUGUAUUAUAUCAAGGUCAAAAUUAUAAGUCAAUUAAAAGGAAAUAUCAAAAACGUAAAAUUCUAUUCGAGGAUCCUGAAUUUCAGGCUGUUGAAAGCUCAGUUUACUAUUCAUCAAAAGGUAAAUUAACUGGAAUAGCAUGGAUAAGACCACAGGAAUUAGUUGAAGAUCCCCAUUUAUUUGUAAAUGGAGCCAAUAGCAGUGAUAUCACACAGGGUAGGGUUGGUAAUUGUUGGUUUGUUGCAGCUCUCUCAAGUUUAGCUCAAGAAAAAUCAUUAUGGAAGCAAAUCGUUCCAGAUCAUAAAGAACAAGAUUGGGAUCUUAAAAAGCCGGAGAAGUACGUUGGAAUAUUCCAUUUCCGGUUUUGGAGGUUCGGGGAGUGGAUAGACAUAGUCAUAGACGAUAGACUUCCGACCAUCAACGGGGAACUCGUGUUUACGCGUUCUCGAAUUAAAAACGAAUUUUGGGUCUCCCUGUUGGAGAAGGCCUACGCUAAGCUGAACGGAUGUUACGAGGCCCUGGACGGCGGCAAUCUUUCCGACGCCUUGGUGGAUUUCACUGGCGGGAUUUGCGAGAAUGUCGAAUUAAAGCUCAAUCCUCCCGACGGAUCAUUGCCCAACGGAACCAACGUGGCAUCUACGGUUGAAACCUCGGGCGUGUAUUAUUGUUCCGAACCGGAAGUCCGGAAAAAGCUGUUCGAUACGUUGUUGCGGGAGGUGGCUAGGCGGUCCUUGAUGUGCGCGGCCAUAGAUGUUAAAGACGAAUCGGAAAGGGAAACGAAAACUCCCACUGGAUUGAUAAAAGGCCACGCCUACGGUAUAACAGCUGUCAAGAAGCUUUACUCCAAAGACGCCCCACUCUUAGACAUUUCACGCCUAUUAAGGACCAACGAGCCCAGGGACAAAUUUUACAUGAUUAGGCUCAAAAAUCCCUGGGGUGGAAAAAAUGAAUGGACAGGCCCCUUCGGUGACGGGUCCCCCGAAUGGGAAAAAAUAACUAUAGUUCAAAGGGAAAAGUUGGGGCUAACUUUUGACGAUGACGGGGAAUUUUGGAUGGCUUUCGACGAUUUCUGCCAAAAUUUUACCCACCUAUCCAUAUGCUACGUGUUAAACACUGCUUACAUGACGCUCCAAAAAACUUGGCACGAAUCAGUGCUCUGGAGCAAAUGGAUAAACGGACCAGUGGGCUCUAAGACUGAUAGGGCCGGGGGUUGCGUCAAUUUUGAUACGUUCCUACAAAAUCCGCAAUGUCUUUUAACUCUUUACGAAUCGCCACUCGAAAAGGAGGAAAUCUUAUUUUAUCUCACGCAAAAGGAUAGGCGGGAAGUCAAGUUGUACGAAAAGUCUCAGAAUUUGAUCAUCGGAUUUUCCUUAUUUAAGGCCGAACAAAAUCGAAUUUACAGAGUACACGAUAUCAGAUUUACGGAAAAGGCGGGGCAAAGUGAUUACGUCAAUUCUAGAUCCGUUUUCUUGAGGGCGUUCCUGCCCUCCCCGGGGACCUACUUAGUGCUCCCGACCACUUUCAAGCCCCACGAAGAAGGCGAUUUCUUGUUUCGCGUGUAUUCCAGUUAUCGAUGCAAUUUUAGAAUGGCCAAACUGGAUUAUCCCAAACGUACCAUUUUUUCCGGUUGCUACGGCUAUCCCACGUGCGUUUAUAGGCUCACUAUCAAGCAUGCGACCGCUAUCGAAAAGCAGGACAAAUUAGGCGCGGAUCCCUACGUCAUGGUUUAUUGCGAAAAAUACAGUUACCGUACCCGCACCGUGAAAGACUCCCUGAGUCCUGUAUGGAACGAAAGCUAUAUUUUCUACUGCAAAAAGCGAAAUAGCCCUAUUAGGAUCGAGGUUUGGAACUCGAACCUCAUGAAGGAUACCUUCAUGGGACAAAUUGAGGUAGAACCUAGGAUAGACGAUUCCGUUCAAAAUUUAGAAAUGAGUCUGUUAGGCAAAGGUAAAACUUCUUCCUCUGCAAAGCCGGGUACACUGAAUAUCGAAAUCGCCGCUUCUGAUAAUGUCAAAAAUUAUUUAUAAAAUCUGUUAAUUUUUUUUUACCCUUUCGAAAAGCAUUUCAGAAAUAAAUAAAUUUCUUAACUUAUUUAUAAGAAUUUUUUUUUAUACCCAAAUAUAAAAAAAUCAUGUCAAAAAGAAAAUCUAAGUCAAUUAUUUCCGAUACUAUUAAAUAUUCAUCUCGUUAAAAGCGUGCAAUCAUAUCUAAUAUCUUAUCCAUAUCGUCCCCCUGAGAAUUAGAGUAUUCCAUCUCCACUUUUUGUAAUUUUACGGGAGAUCAAUUUUAAAAAUUAAGUUUCUAUUGUUUUCAAUAGAAUAUAUAACCUUAUAUUAGCUAUAAUUUAACUUAAUAUUACUAUUUUUUUUUGUGGAAAUAGAAUAGUUAUAAUUAUAAAAAAUUGAUUUAUGUAAAGUUACUUUUGACAAAAUAUGGAUAGAUAAUAUUCAGAUAUAAUUAAUGAUAAGGAUUUGAUUCAAUAGUAUCAUCGCCAUUAUUAAAAUAUUAAUAUUUAUUGUGCAACUUAAUCAUGAAAGAUUCACAUUUACCAAUUUUAAAUCACUUUUAAAUUAUAUGCAUUAUAGAUCAUUAUAUCAGUAUAAAUGCAAUUUUUUUUUUUAAAUUAUACUCUAAGAGCUCAUAUAGAAUAGUUA